UUUUCCGCUUACUUUUUAUUCAUUUGACUAUGCUACUACAUAUAAAAAUCCAUCUCGGAAAUCUCACCAAACUUUCGAAUCGUCAUGCUUUACUUUGAAUGAAAAAUCAUCAAUACUUCGUUUCAAAUAUGUACCUAAAUACUUUGGAAGAUAUUCAAUCGAUCUUGAAAUUGAUUAAUUGCCAAAUCUCGAUGCUCAUUACGACACAUUAAAUGCCUACAGUUUCGUUUUGGUACCCGAACACCAUGCAGAGUUAUAGAACAGUUUUUUGGUCGAUCAGUAAUGAUACGUAAGACUUAGCGCCACUGUUUUAAGAUCUGGUGUUUAGUUUGUUCGAGUAAACAUGCGUAAUACCUUCUAUUGGUAGUUUCACCUGAGCCAAUCAGAAUCAAGGGAUUUCUUGGGCUCUUCAUAAAUUAAUCCAUCAGCGAUUCGCCUAUAAAAUAUCUUCCACGUCGAUUUCACCCUUAGCAAGUGACGAUAGGCAGUCCAUCUCACACCAAAGUUCGGAACGGUCCCAUUGGACCCCAUCCCGAUUACCGAUGAAGUUGAAAAUAACGCUCGAGUCCGCUUUGACGGUCACAAAAUACGGUCUUAUACCGAUUCUCUGUUGGCCAUUACCGCGAGGAUCCAGCACCACGGUGAUAUUUCGGCAUAACGUCAUCUGGACGAUCGCGGUGCUCCAAUUGAUAUUGACGAUCGCGGCAGCUUGCUUCACAGUCUACGACAACAGACACGAUUUUAGCCAUGCAGUGAAAGUUAUGACCGAGAUAGGCGCCUUAUGUUCGAUAGUCGCGAAAAUGGUGAUUUGCAAAAUUGAAGGACCUCGUAUUCAGGCACUUCUGACUGAAUUGCAAGAGUUCGUGAGUCAAGCAGAUCAGGAUGAACAGGACCUUCUUCAGCGUUACGUCGAUAACUGCCUGUACCCGCAUCUGCUAAUUUUCGGCAGUGCGAUUUUUGGUCCAGCAGCGUUCAUCGUUGGACCGUCGAUGACCUUGGAGCCGCUCCCAUCGGACACGAGGUACCCUUUUUCUAUCGAGAACACGUGGGUUCGGGUCAGCUUGUACAUAUCGCAGAGCAUAUGCAUCGUCCAAGUCGGAUGUAUGGUGAUCGUUGAUAUUCUUUUCGCCAUUCUGCUGUGGUACGUUAGCGCAAGGUUCGAAAUGUUAUCCAUCGAAUUCGAAAGAGCGACUACCGUCGACGAAUUGAAUCGGUGUGCCAAAAAACAUCAAGAAUUGAUAAGAAUCGUUAACGAACUGAAAGACAUUACGCGCAUUGUUGCUGUCGAAGUAAGCGUAAUUGCCCUGUACGCAGUAACAACCGGUGGCUUUGUACUUAUGCGGCGCCCGACACUUUUCGAAUUAUCAAAGUACGUAUUAUUCGAGAUCGGAUCGGUAAUGGAGCUGUUCGUGUUCGCCUGGCCAGCAGGCAAUUUGAUUGACGUUAGCGAGAAAAUCGGUGACGCUGCUUUUGGCUGCGGUUGGAUCGGAAAAUCUUCAUCGAUGCAUCGAAACGUAUUGAUGGUCAUCCAACGAUCGCGGGACCCGAUAGUCAUCUCCGUAAAUGGCGUGCUUCCGACGUUGUCGCUUGAAUUUUUCGGAUCAGUACGUACGCCGUCAUCCAUUUUCAACUUUACUGCCUGCCUUUCGUCGACGAAAGUAACCAACCAACCUGGACUGCUUGACAGGAAAAGUUUUAUUCGAGUAGAACAAAAAAAUUUUAGAGAAAAAAGCCCACCAAUAAUGCGACUAUUCAGAGAAAUUCCAUUCGACAGUGUGAUUCGUUUUACUAAAAGCACCAUUCAAAUAACCGCAUGUUUUCCACCCCCACAAGAUGCGGAUAAGCAAGAAAAAAUUCGAUUCGAAAUAUAUCGCGCUUUUAGCACUCUUUUUUCACUCGGAUGGGCCAUUCAUCUCUUUUAUGGUACCUACGUUUACGGCCGCGAUCUAGAAAGCUUUCUACUUUGUAUCUGCGAUCUCAGUCCGCUAUUCACCGGAACCGUAAAAUUGUUCCUUUGCGCCUACGCCCAACACGAAUUCCAGUCUUGCGUGAUGGAUUUGGAAAAAUAUCUGAAAAAAGCGAAGCCCAAGGAGCUGGAUUUUCUCAAAGAAUGGACCAACGAUCACAUCGGACUUUACCUCCUAUUGUUAGUGGUGUCAAUGAUUUGCGCGGUUGGAUAUUCCCUCAGUCCUCUGUACAUGGACCUGCCGUUACCGGGACGUACUCCGUAUCCAUUCGAACUUACGGGAGCGCGAAGAUAUUUCAUAUGGAGUGUACAAUUAGUGGCUAUUGUACAGACGACGCUACUCGUUCACGUCGAUUACGAAUUCGCGGUUCUUUUGUGGGUUACCACGGUCAGAUUCUCAUUUCUCGCCGACGAAUUGUCGGGUACCGAUGAUCUCGAACACCUUCGAGCGUGCCUGAAAAAACAUCAGAAAUUACUGCAAAUUGCGGAUGAGGUGGUAUCGAUAACUCGUCUGAUUUGCGGUGCUUGCGUACUGAAUUAUAGUAUAGGAUUGGUGUGCGCCGCUCUUCAGAUAUUGGGGAAUUCGGGCAUUAUUUCGAAAAUCCGGUACGUCACCUACGCUAUGGUCGGUCUGCUGCAAAUAUUUCUUCUAUCCUGGCCGGCUGAAAGUCUCAUGCACGCUAGUGAGUCCAUCGGCUAUGCAGCCUACAGUUCGAAUUGGAUUGGAAAAUCGCGAGAAAUAACUACCCUGUUGUCUAUAGUCAUGCAAAGAUCAACGAAACCGGUCAUUGUUUCGGUCGGUAUAUUUAUUCCCGCUCUGAAUUUCGCUUAUUACGCAUCGUUCCUAUCGAUGUCGUUCUCAUUCUUCACUACGCUUCGAGCGACUACAGCUACCAGCACCUGAUCUCAAUUACGAAAGUGAUAAAACCAUGUAUAGUGUAAAGUCUCAGUAGUCGUGAUUAUUAAAAAUUUCAGUCUCA